AUGGAAGUUAAGUUAUCUUGGGACCAAGAAAUUGAUUCAAAUUCAAAAUCACAAUUUUGUAAAUGGUUGAAUGAUUUGCAGUAUCUGGAAAGAAUGAGAAUACCAAGAUGGUUAAACUGUGAUCGUGAGAUUGAAAAUAUCUCACUUCAUUUCUUCAGCGAUGCGAGUAAACUUGCAUAUUCAGCUGUGGCCUUUGUUCGAGUACAAACAAGAGAUUCGGUUCAAGUUCAUUUGGUGCAAGCUAAAGCGAGAGUUGCACCCAGCGGAAGGAAAAAGACAAUAGCUCGAUUGGAACUUCUUGGAGCUACAAUAUGUGAACGUUUAGCAUCCAGCAUAAUACCUGAAUUUCAAGCUGAUGAUAUUUGUUUUUGGACAGAUUCGUCUACUGAGCUAGCUUUGGAUACAGAGAAAAUGAAGUAUGGGACGUAUUUGUUCACAACAGAAUUAAUGGAAAUAAAGCGACUGACUUCUAUUGAAUCUUGGAGGCACGUACCAGGAUCACUGAAUCCUGCUGAUUUGCCCAGUAGAGGAUGCUCUGCUUCUUAUUUAAUUAAAUCUAGAUGGUGGAAGGGCCUAAAUAAAUGGCUAUAUUUAUCACCAGAAAAAUGGCCAAAAGAAGAUUUUAGUGCUGAUGAAGAAGAAAUAGCUCUUGAGAAAAAGAAAAGAAUUAUUUCGUCCUUAAUAAAUCUUAAUGCUAGUGAAAUAGUUGCUACUAGAUUCUCAAGUUAUCGUAAGACAAUCAGACUGGUAGCGUGGAUGUGUCGUUUUGUUUACAACUGUAAACAUCAAAACAAGAAAAAGGAUGAACUUACUGUAUCUGAGUUAAAUGAAGCAGAGAAUAUCUUGAUUCGUUUAAUACAAAAUGAGUCCUUUAAUGGAAUAGAAGAUAAACGGAUUUUAAGUCUUAAUCCAUUCAUUGAUUGUGGGAUCAUCAGAACUAAAACAGCGAUAUUUCAAAGAGAAGAUACAUCUGAGUUCAGAACUCCUGCUAUUUUGCCAAGUGAUCAUCCUCUUAUAAGAAGUUUAAUAAUGGAAGAACAUAAGUUGAAAGGACAUGUUGGAGUUUUCUCACGUCCUAAAUUCCUUAAGAGAAAGAUUUUGGAUAUUAGCAGGAAGAAGAGUUGUGUCAUCCGUUUUGAAAACUUGUAUAACCUGUUUAAGCGUUAUUCAAACAAAAAUGUUAACCCACCACGCCACCACUUCCUAGAGUGUGGGACAGCUUAA